AUGCGGGAUUUGGGGAACGCAGGCAUCUCAGGCCCUCUGGUUCCAGAUCUGGGAGGACUGAAGAACCUCCAGUACCUCUGCCUCGAUGGAUUUGCAGGCAACCCGUACCUGUCAGAUGGGUGCCAAGAUAUCAAUGAGUGCCAAAGUCCAGAACUCCAGAUCAGUAUCCAACAAUGGGGGAUUAAAGUUGUUCUUGUGUAUCCAGCACACACAGCAUAG